CAAAGCAAAUCGGCCGUGAGAUUGAAGGAGGACAUGAAAAAGAUAGCUGGGUCUCCCCUGAACAAGCAGAGGAACACAACCUGUCCAAAGGUGUUUGGUGUGAGUCUUCUGGAGCUCCAGCAGCAGGGCCUGAGCAAAAAUGGAAUCCCAAUAGUUGUGUGGAAUAUAGUGGAGUACCUCACCCAGCAUGGUAUGACACAGGAGGGUCUCUUCAGAGUGAAUGGCAGCAUGAAGAUGGUGGAGCAGCUGCGUCUGCAGUACGAGCGUGGGGAGGAGGUGGAACUUGUUAAAGAUGGUGAUGUGUACUCAGCAGCCAGUCUACUGAAACUGUUUCUGAGGGAGUUGCCAGAUGGAAUUAUCACAUCUGCCUUACAUCCCAGGUUCAUUCAGCUUUACCAGGACUCUAGAAACGACAUGCAGAAGGAAAGUUACUUGAAAGAACUCCUUAAAGAACUGCCUGAUGCUCAUUACUCCUUGCUGAAGUACCUGUGCCAGUUCCUGAUAAAGGUUGCUGAACAUCACGUAGAGAACAGGAUGAAUCUUGGCAAUCUUGCCACUGUAUUUGGACCAAACUUCUUUCACGUGCGCUCUGGAUUUGAAGGGAUGAAGGAACUGGAGAUCUGCAACAAGAUAAUGACAAAAAUGCUGGAAAAUUACAAUACCUUGUUUGAAUUAGAAGGCUUGAAGAAGGAUGAAGAAAAGCCUGUAUGUGAAGAGCUAGCAAAAAUAAUUUUGGUAAAAAUAACCAAACCCCCAACGGAGCGAUCCAGCCAAAUGUGCCUAUUGCCACAACCAGGCCAGUCAGAAGGAAUGCCUCAAGUCAGCCUCCCAUUACCAGACAGUGGUUCAUGUGGGAAGGAGAUGGAUUUAGCAGAUGAAACCUCCUUUGUUAACAAUGAUGUGUUUUUCUUCAGCUCCCAAGAAGAUGAGCGGCCUAUGUCACCCUUCUACGUGAGUACCCACGUAUCACAAGUCAGUAGCAAUGUUCCUGCUACAGAAGAGUAUUUAGAGAAGACAAUCCGCUCAGCCGUGGAGCAGCAUCUCUUUGAUGUUCAUGGCUCAGGCGGCCAGAGUUCAGAGGACUCUGAAUCUGGGACAUCUUCAGCCUCUUCUAAUGUGUCUGCCAGGCAGAGGAGGCGACACCACAAAGAGCAGGAGGAAGCCCGGAGAAACAGAGACAUGGAAGUUGUCAACAAGGAGAACAUUCCCUCUGGAUUCAGCAGUCUUGAAGAUUGUAUUCUAGCUACUCAAGAUGUAGAAAAAUUACAAGACACCAGCUCUGGAUACCUUAGUGAAAGGAAUAAAUCAAAACGGCAGAAAUCCAGCACCAAGCUCUCAGAGCUUAAUGACAACCAGGACAGUCCUGUGAGUGUGGAAAACUUUAGCUCAUCCAAGCCUAUAGACAGAACAGGAUCUGAUGACAUGGAAAUUUUAUCUGAAGAAAGCAAAGAGAGUGAAAACGAUGAGGUUUUUUUGAGGCAUUCUCAGCUGACUUCAAGUAUGAAGAUUCAAGAACAUCCAAGCAUGCCUGAAAACAAGUUGCAAAGAAAUCAAGAUGCUGAUGAUCAGGAAAGCAGCUUUGUAUCUGAAGUGCCUCGGCUGGAUUUAACAUCACUGUGCGAUGACAACAACUGGGAAGAGCCCAUCCCUGCUCUCUCCUCAUGGCAGCGAGACGGCUUAGACUCAGAUGAGGCUCGCCUUUCCCCGCAGGCCGGGCGCUUGAUUCGCCAGCUUCUGGACGAGGACAGCGAUCCCAUGCUGUCCCCUCGGUUCUAUGCCUAUGGACAGAGCCAGCAGUACCUGGAUGAUACAGAAGUGCCUCCUUCUCCUCCCAAUUCUCAUUCCUUCAUGAGGAGACGGAGUUCGUCUUUAGGAUCCUAUGAAGAUGACAGAGAAGACCUUACCCCUGCACAGCUCACCCGGAGGAUUCAGGGCCUGAAGAAAAAGAUCAGGAAAUUUGAGGACAAAUUCGAAGAGGAGAGGAAAUACAGACCUUCCCACAGUGACAAAGCAGCCAACCCUGAAGUGCUCAAAUGGACAAAUGAUUUGGCCAAAUUCCGAAAGCAACUUAAAGAGUCCAAACUGAAGAUCUCAGAGGAAGACCUUGGCCCUGUUGUGCGUCAGCGCAGCAACACGCUCCCCAAGAGCUUUGGCUCUCAACUGGACAAGGAGGAUGACAAGAAGCAAGACCUGUCAGACAAAUCUGCCAAGCCUGCUGUGGAAGUGACCCUUGAAUCCAUCCAGAAGAAGCUUCAAGAGAAACGAGCAGAGACCAAUCGACCUGAAGACAUUAAGGACAUGACACGAGAUCAGAUAGCAGCUGAAAAAGUGGCUCUUCAGAGGGCUUUGCUGAAUUAUGAAGGCAUUCAUGGCAGACCGGUAACCAAAAAUGAGCGGCAGGUGAUGAAGCCGUUAUAUGACAGGUAUCGCUUGGUCAAACAGAUCCUCUCCAGAGCCAACACCAUCCCCAUUAUUGGUUCCCCCUCCAGCAAGCGGAGAAGCCCUUUGCUGCAGCCAAUUAUCGAGGGCGAAACAGCUUCCUUCUUCAAGGAGAUAAAGGAAGAAGAGGAGGGCUCUGAGGAGGACAGCAAUGUGAAGCCGGAUCUCACAAUUACCAUAAAAACGGAUUUCAGUGUGCGCAGCUUCUUGGAUCAGCUAGAAGAUGAUGCUGACGGCUUUGUUUCCCCGGUGGAUGAUAAGAUACCAUCUAGGAGCAGUCAGGAUAUGGGGCUUUCAAAUCUCCAUGAAGCAUCCAUCCCUGAACUGGUAGAGCAGCUCCAAGAAGUCAGGGAAGAGAAAAAGCGAAUCCGAAAAAAAUUGAGAGACUUUGAAGAUAACUUUUUCCGACAAAAUGGAAGGAAUGUGCAGAAAGAAGACCGCACUCCCAUGGCUGAAGAGUACAAUGAAUACAAGCAGGUUAAGGCCAAGCUGAGGCUGCUGGAAGUCCUGAUCAGUAAGAGAGAUAUUAGCUCCAAGAUCAUGUAAAGGAGGAGAUUGUUUUUGCCAAUAAACAAAGAGGAGAGAGCACCAAACGGACAAAUGCAUGAAGUGGAUGCAGCGGGAGCCUGACUGGGAGAGCUGAGGAGCUCCCUGGGAACUGAAGGGUCAUUCCCAGAGGUGGGAGAGGGAGGAAAGGUGGAUUUCUGUAACUCUCUACAUUUGCUGUUGCCCACUGUUUCUCCAGGCCUGAUGCCCAGAAUGGAGUUUGCCAGUGUAGGAGACACAACACUGCGCUCAGUGACUGCACUGAAGGGAUCCUUCUGUAUUGAUUUGCUUACAGAUCCUGUAAUAUUUAGAAUAUCAAAGCCAGCCAUGCUGUUCUUUUUUCCCAGGAUAUUAUAGCAAGAGGCAAAAUAGGAUUAAUAGUAAUGAAAUCAUCAAAUAGCUUCUAUUUGAGUUGAACAGGCAAGUGCCCUGACCAGUUUUAUGUUAGGGCACCACCAAUCAGGGAGCACCAAGACUGUUCUCUUGUAGCUACAGUAAAGAUUUGCUCAGACUUUUGACCUGUUUGGAGUCCAGCAUCUUCUGUUGCUCUAGAGAAAUGCUGUAAUAAUCUCCUGGUCAUCAGCCAGAGCUGGUGUGAGUUGCAGUUUUGCCCAGGCUUGAGUUGGGUUUUCUUCCCAUGUUUUUGAUGGCAAGUUCAACCGGAGUAGAAGGAAGUACCUGCAUGUUUGGGAUGGUAAAGAAAAUGAGCCAUGGAGCCAAUGUUCUUACCAGCUUGUUCUGCCUGGAGGGUGAAACUGAGACCUGACCACGUUUGGGCAACAGGGAAGAGAAGAGGUUUUAAAAGCUUUAAGUCAGAAUCCCUUGGGAUUUAGUGGUUGGUUAUCUGGUGUCAAAUAUGUGGUAGAUAUCUGGAAGACCCUCCCCAUUAGUAUGUGUGCUUCAUCAUGAUACAGGCACCUGAGACCAAGCUGAACAGUCUACACAGGUGUCCCACAAACUCACUCACCUAAAUUUUCUUCUUUUGUGCACAUCACUCCUGUGUGGGCUGCAGCAGCAACACUGAUGGUGGCAGCAGAGGAUGAGCUUUUCUUCCCAGAGGAUACUGCAGGAAACUGAGAGCAUGGAGCUGUGCUCUGCCUGUGGAAAGGGCACCUGUCUCGAGUGCAAGCUUUGACAAUUCACUGUUUCCAAAUUUAUGACUU